CCCGGCGGUGAUAAAUGAUAGAGGAUACGAUGACUCUGCUGUCUCUGCUGGGUCGCAUCAUGCGCUACUUCUUGCUGAGACCCGAGACGCUGUUCCUGCUGUGCGUCAGCCUGGCCCUGUGGAGCUACUUCUUCCACACGGACGAGGUGAAGACCAUCGUCAAGUCCAGCCGCGACGCCGUCAAGAUGGUGAAGGGCAAGGUGGCCGAGAUCAUGCAGAACGACCGCCUGGGCGGGCUCGACGUGCUGGAGGCCGAGUUCUCCAAGACCUGGGAGUUUAAGAGUCACAACGUGGCCGUCUACUCCAUCCAGGGCCGGAGGGACCACAUGGAGGACCGCUUCCAGGUUCUCACGGACCUGGCCAACAAGACGCACCCGUCCAUCUUCGGGAUCUUCGACGGGCACGGAGGCGAGACGGCAGCUGAAUAUGUAAAAUCUCGACUUCCGGAAGCCCUCAAACAACAUCUUCAGGACUACGAGAAAGACAAGGAGAACAGUGUGCUGUCUUACCAGACCAUUCUUGAACAGCAGAUUCUGUCAAUUGACCGGGAAAUGCUAGAAAAACUGACUGUAUCCUACGAUGAAGCAGGCACGACGUGUUUGAUUGCUCUACUGUCAGACAAAGACCUCACCGUGGCCAAUGUGGGUGACUCGAGAGGAGUCCUGUGUGACAAAGAUGGCAAUGCCAUUCCUUUGUCUCAUGACCACAAGCCUUACCAACUGAAGGAAAGAAAGAGGAUCAAGAGAGCUGGUGGUUUCAUCAGUUUCAAUGGCUCCUGGAGGGUCCAGGGAAUCCUGGCCAUGUCUCGAUCCCUGGGAGAUUAUCCACUGAAAAAUCUCAAUGUGGUCAUCCCAGACCCAGACAUCCUGACCUUUGACCUGGACAAGCUCCAGCCCGAGUUUAUGAUCUUGGCGUCCGAUGGCCUGUGGGAUGCUUUCAGCAACGAGGAAGCCGUUCGAUUCAUCAAGGAGCGCUUGGAUGAACCUCACUUUGGAGCAAAGAGCAUCGUUUUACAGUCGUUUUAUCGAGGCUGUCCUGACAAUAUUACAGUCAUGGUGGUGAAGUUCAGGAAUAGCAGCAAAACCGAAGAGCAGUGAAGCCCUUCAGGGUCUCCGCUGCCUCGGACUGAAGGACUCUGAACACACUGCUCUCUCUAAUGUCGUGAAAGGUGUGGGAAUUGUAAUUAGGAUCACCUGUCCCAAACUCAGAGCGUCCCUUCCCUCCCUGGUGGUCUUAGGUUGAUAAUGGAGAGGUGAACAGAGGGGCCCCUGGCCAAGGUAGUUGAGAGGCUGGAAAACGGUUUCUUCAUGCUUUCCCAACUCUCUCAUCUGUGUCAGAAUAUUGUACUAGGUAGCUGUAGAUGCACACACACAGGACGGCAGGUGUGUCUCACAUCACUUUGUUUCAGAUUCUUUUCCGGAUCCCCAUCGCAGUCGUGCAGGCUCUGGCCUUUGAGGCUGCUCUGCGUCCAGGGCAGAGCAGGCCUCCCCGCUGCAGGAGACAGGCCCUGGGCCGCCUGGCGAGUCGGCAGCCCGAGUGCCAGUGCCCUCUCGCUAAGGACAGAGAUGCUUUGUCCUCUGGAGUCGGGCUGCCCCAAGGCAGAUGUGGAAUGGAUUCUUGGUCACUUGCUCUUGGAGACUGAAGGCAGUGGAGAGGACUGGACAGCUCAUGGCAUCACCUGUACAGCAGGAAUGGCCCCUCCGCCACCCCCCCCCCCUAGUUGAUGACUAGGCACACUCUGAGCCCGCCCUGGUGUAGUUCUCUCCAUUGCGGGUGCCUGAGUCUCUGGCUUACACCAGACCCUCUGUGACAGACAGUUGUUGACUUGGCCACCAAACCCCAGGAUUUGCCCUCUUAGCAACACAAUACAAGGGGACGUGAACAAAGCAAGCCACAGUGUCAGGUUCCUUCCAUUUUUAAGGGUGAGUUAGGGGAGAGAAACUUCCAGUGCCCCUGCGAAUGUCUGUGUGUGAACUGGAAGAGGAAGGUGAGAGCUGGAGAGACCGUCACCCAGGUGAGCUCUGGCUGCUGCUUCCGGUGCCACUUCCUUCCCCAGGGUACUGGCUUGCAAGCCGAGAUUGGAGAAGUGGCAGCCUGGAAAUGUGUGCGUGUCCCUUGAAGCUCACUUCCCAGCCACCAUUUGCACACUUGAGACUGUGGGAAACUCCUUGGACAUGCUUCUCCUCUCUACUGUGGAAAGAUCCUUCCCAUUUGGUGGCAAAUCUCUAUCCAUACCAGCUAGCCGGCCUUCCCUAGACGAACACGAAUCGCCUCAUGUCAUCUGGACAGAAGACAGCCUAGGACCUUCAAAGCUGGUUGCCACUUCAAGGAAGACUCCCUAUUGAGAAUGAUUUGGAGGCCUGUCACCAAAGUCAUAAUUUUCGCCUAGCCUUAGUAUUUUAUGUUAACUUCCUGUGUCCCCCUCUGUCCUUUCAGCUGCAUAGCUCCCCAACAGGAAAGAUCUGUGAAGAAGAAAGAUGAACUCGGGCUGCUGAGAGCUGCCCUUCUGCCUUGACUCUUCCAAGGACUUAACCUUCUUCUUUUGACUGCACUGAGGAUUAGUAAUGAUUUCCCAAGAAAUUUUGCUUACUUUUUAUAUAUCUAUAUACAUACAUGUACUGUAUUUUCCAAUCUUAGAAUUAGAAUCUUGGUUAUUGCUUUUUAACUGUAGAAGGUUUUAGUACCAAAUAUCUGCCACCAUGGUAGGCCUAAGCAUUUGCCUGUAGAAGGGCACUGAACGCGUGGAUGUGUGUUCAGGUGGGGCGGGGAGGGGGGGGUGUGGACCGAGGUGUGGGUGCUGGGCUUUCCAGCCAGGGGGCUGCUGGCUGAGGAUUAGUCAACGCAGCCCAUUCUCUAGCAGAAGCUCCAGCAUUUUAUCAUCCACAACCACCUCUCCUUCCUUAUUUAUCUUGUUUUGUGUGUGCUGGUACUGGGACUUGAACUCGGUGUGGACACUGUAUCUUAGCUUUUCGGCUCAAGCCUAGUGCUCUACCACAACCCCACGUUUUGGUGGUUAAUUGAAGAUGAGAGUCACAGACUUUCCUGCUGGAGUUGUCUUCAACUUGCAUCCUCAGAUCUCUGUCCCAAGUAGGUAGGAGGACAGGUCUGAACCACCAGCACCCAGUUCCUUCCUUAUUUAUUUAUUUUUUUUUGGCGUAACAAUAAUGCAUAAUAACAAGGAAAAGACAUUUUAAAAUUCUACAUUCAUUUUAGGUCUAGAAUCGAAAUAAUAAUAUUUUGGUGAAGAUGAAAGAAAGGCUAUCCAACUAGUAAAUUCGUGUUUAAUACCACAGGAAAUUUCUGAUCAGAUCGUGCUGGUGCAUUGGUUAUAACUUUCUAAUUGAGGUUCACACCCGAUCUUUGAAUUUUUGUUUGGGAGCCUAGUUUGUUUCUGAUUUUUAGCCAAAUGUGUGUCUAUCUCAUACUCCUUUUCUCUGUUUCCCCCCCGCCACUAUGACUCGUAGAUUUUUUAAGGAUAGAAAUUUUAAGCAAAAUAGUGGCAGCGUGAUGCACAGUUAAGUGUCAAAUCAGAUAUUCUGUUCUCUUCCUGAGAGUCCUCCUGGAGCCCCUCUGUCCCUGAGCGCCCUUGUCCCGCUGGGGGGCGGGGGGGGGGCUGCCCGGGGUGCUCUGGCUGCUCCCCGUCCCGAGAGGCUCCGGAAGGUGGCCUAGCCGAGAGGAAAAUGACAAGUGUGCCGAUGAAGCUUUCCUGACCAGCACUGCCAAAGCUUUGGAAUGCCCGCCCGAGGCUGCCGGACCCCUUAGCUAGCCUGAGUUCCCAUUGCCAAUCGCCCCCAUGGUGCCAAAUUUCAGGAUGGAUCGAUAAAAAUAGUCUUCCAGAAGUGAAGCUGAGAACGGCCAUGUCCCAGGAGCCCCCAGCAAGGAAGAUGCCAGCACAGGGGUCUGCACCCGCUCACUGGCACUUACACCCCUCAAAUGGGGACAGGGGAGUUGGGGGGAGGGGGGAUCUUUUUAAAUAACUCGCUGCAUAUGUAGUUCUUUAAUCAUAGAGAUAAAAUCUGUACUUAAAUAGGAAAUUCUUAAAGCUUGUUUCCAACACCUGCAUUUUUUAUAUGUGAAGAACUUGCUCGAGGCAUUGGACUUUGAGUCUGUUCAAACACAGCAUGACUGUUCGCAUAUGUAGUCAUUACUGGCGGUCAGUGGCCACUCUGAUCCUUGCUGUGGAGUCAGUGUUGGCCUCUUGGCCCUGUGUAUCAGGAGUAAAGUGUUACAGUAAAGCACAUUCUCGAGAGAGAUGGCUGAAAUCACCCAAUUCCACCUAAGGGUGAUGGUUUUGACAUUUUGCACAGUGGCAAGCAAGGUCCCACAACCGUGGAAGCUUCAUUCCGUCUUCAUCAGAGUGACUCUAGGAAAUAGAUUCCACAACGAGAGUGCUGACUCUGGGAGAAGGGCGAGGGCUGGAAGUGUGGGGGGGACUCAUAAGGGGAGUGAUUUCAUUUACUUUGCCAAGAAGACCUGGUUGGGUUUUUUUUCCCCGAUUUUUUUUUCUCCUUGAAUGGCUGGCAGAUCUAACUUUCUGGUUUGUACUGUACAUGGAAACUAUAGGAAUGCAUUCUCUGUUGAAAACUUUUAUUUUCCAAUGAUUUUUUUCCUCCCUUUGACCUGUUAUAGGAAUAAUCUUUCCUGAAUAGCUUUCCCCCAAAUUGCCUUGGAUUGUCACAGCAUUCCUGAUGCAGCCUGGGAAAAAUGACGUCAUACAGGACCUGUGGAACCAUUCCUGCAUUAAAAUAAAUGCCCUCAACGCUG